AUGGUUGAAAAGUUUGGUGAUAAAAAGACUGGUAUUGUUAGAAUGUCAAUGCUCGGAAGAAACAUUGUCAUUGUUAGUCACAAGGAUCAUAUUAAGGAGCUCUUGUUGACUAAGGAAAAGUUCUUCAAGAAGUAUCCACCUUCCUAUGAAGCAUUUAAAAUAUUUGGAGACAAUAUCUUGUCCAUGUUGGAAGCUGACACGUGGAAGCCACACCAUCGAAUUUGUUCUCCUGCAUUCUCUUCAAAUAAUUUAAAGUUUGUCACAAAGGUAACUUGUGAAUCAUUCGAUGAGAUGGUAGCUCAUAGAUGGGAAAAAUUGCCAGAUGCAAAUGGAUCAUUCAUCUUGCCUAUUGAUGAUUAUUCUGAUUUAACAUUACAGGUUUUGGGAAGAUCUAUUUUCGGAUUGGAUUUUGGUUUAUUCUCUGACGAUCCAACCAAGAAUGAAUCCAACUUUAGAAAGUCAUUGGAAAUCUUGCUAACAAAGGGUAUUUUAUUCAAGAGAUUCUUGUCAGAAACUCCAAUUCUCAAAUAUUUGUAUCCAUACGUAAUGAGCUACUUUGGAGUUGAUAAAGCACUCGAGUUGGUUAGCACCAAGUUGGACAAAAUCAUUCAAGAAAAGAAGGAAAUUUACGAAAAUGACAAGUUGGAAGGUACUGAACACAAUGAUUUGUUAACCAUGAUGAUUGAAACCAACUCUUCACUAACUGAAUCUCAACUCGACAAUACCAAGUCUGAACAUGGUGGUUUGACCAAAGACGAAAUUAAGAGUAAUUCAUUUAUUUUUUCGCUUGCCGGAAAUGAUACUAGUAGCAGUUUAUCCCAAUGGGCUUCUUACGUUUUAGCUAAACGUCCAGAUAUUCAACAAAAGCUCUAUGAUAAUAUUCAAAACGUUUUGGGUGAUAGAGAACCAACUUUUGAUGAUUAUGAAAAGCUCACCUAUGUUAAUGCUUUUAUUAUGGAAACUCUUAGAGUGCAUGGACCUGUUGGUGGAAUUAUUAAGGUUGCAAAGAAGGAUGUCGAAUUAGGAGAAUUCAAAAUACCAAAGAAUACCAGUAUAUUAUUGAGUCUUGCACAAGCCUGUAAUUCAGACAAAAAUUGGGAAAAUCCAACAGAAUUCAAUCCUGAUCGUUUCCCUGAUGCUGAAACACAAUUGAGAUAUCAACACUCAUUUUCUUGGAUGCCAUUCUCAAUGGCCAACAGAAAGUGUAUUGGUUACAAGUUUGCAUUAAUUGAACUGAAUGCAAUCUUUACCAAGCUUGUCAGAAAAUACAAAUUGGAGUUAUUGAAUGAUGAAAGUGUUGAUCCAAUUGGAAAAGCUGUUGCAGUUACAAUCAGACCAACAAACCUCAAAAUCAAAGCUACCUUGAGAAACAAAACAAAUUAA